UAGCUGCGUUGGGGCGUUCUAAGCUCGAAUUUACUGCAGAUAACUGAAACUCAGUAGCAUACCAAGCUAUUUUAUAUAUAUACAUAUAUAUAUAUAAAGUACGUGAUUUGCUUGUUUUAUUUGGCUUCCAUUAUUAUUUGAACGAAGCAAUAAACAUUUUUCUUGGUUUUGCUACGCCCCGAAGUAGCCGACAUCAAGCCUUGUCAAGACAAGCCUGAUCUCUACUCUCUGAAUGCUCCUUUGUUGUGACCUCGCUAGGCAAGAAGCAAGCAAUCUCGCUGAUUCGUCGUCGAAUUGUGUGCCUAUUUUUGUCUGUGUGCGUAAACGAUGGCGUACAGCGUGCUUCAUGACGAACUGCUGCUGCGAUCUCUUCACUGGGACGAAAUUGAAGAUAUGCACUUGCUCCCCAUGGAACCACGGCGGGAUCUUCGGAGGCACGGGCUGCUUAAUUUAGAUUCCAUGGACAGCACGGCGUUCUACCGGUCGUUCAGGUUCCAGAAAUCGGACCUGGACGAUCUGAUGACCGGCCUGCUUAUUCCAGAAGAAGUUGAGAGUGCCCAGCGAGUUCGAAUUCCAGGCCGCGAGGCGCUGUGCAUGACGCUGCGGCGUCUCGCCUAUCCGAACCGCCUGUGUGAUCUGGAGGUCUUCUUUAGCCGCCACACUUCGGUGAUAUCGAGCGUGGUGUCCAAAGUAUUAUCACAUAUUGAGUACAACUUUGGACACCUCCUUGCGGACCUCACGGAGCACAGGUGGCUCAACGUGCAAAACCUGGAGCUGUUUUCCCAGGCCGUUCACAGGAGAGGUGCUCCACUGGAAAACUGCUGGGCCUUCAUUGAUGGCACAGCACGAAGAAUUUGCAGGCCUUCAAUUGGGCAGCAGGACCAUUUCUCCGGACACAAACGCCAUCACGUUCAAAAGUUUCAAGCUGUGAUGUGUCCCAACGGCAUUAUUUGCCAAUUGGAUGGACCAUUUCAUGGUCGGCGCCAUGAUGCUGGAAUUCUGAAGAUGACGGCCCUCUACCGCAACCUGGAAAAAGUCAACCAAGGCCACAAAUACGUGAUUUAUGGUGACCCAGCCUACCCACUCCGGCCCCUUCUCCUUAAGCCUUUUGGAGAUGUCUAA